UUUGUUGAUUUCAUAUACAGCCAACAAAAGUGACACUGAAGAAUGGAAAGGAUAUGUCUAUGCCGUUGCCAUGUUCCUUGUGGCAGUAACAAUGUCUGUUAUAGUCCAUCAGUACUGGCAGAUUGUUUUUGUCCUUGGAAUGAGAAUACGAACUGCAAUCAUUGGGAUGGUCUAUGCUAAGGUAUAUAUAUCACCUUUCCUUUUAACUGCUAAGACAUAAACUAAAUGCUGAUGCUUCCAAAUAAGUUACUCAACCUUUGUGUUCAUUCUCUCCAAAGGCACUUGCCUUAAACAACAGUGCUCGAAAAGAAUCCACCGCAGGUGAAAUGGUGAAUCUGAUGUCAGUGGAUGCUCAACGACUCAUGGAUCUCACAACUUACAUCAAUGUUCUGUGGUCUUCACCUCUAGUUAUUUUGAUAACAUUGUAUUUUCUGUUUGAUGUGAUGGGUCCCUCCACUUUUGCUGGUUUUGCUGUGUUGCUCUUGCUUAUUCCGGUCAACCUUGUUAUCACUAGAAUUGCAAGAAAAUUACAGGCAAGUAUUAACUUAUACUUAAGAUGCACGUACAUGUAGUGUAUAAUUCUCAUAUUUUUAGCAAACAUAUAGUUAAUUAGCUCCUUGCUUCUUUAUAACCUUCUUGCCAAUUAUUUCGGAGGAAUUUUGGUUCAAUUAUUAUCAAUUCCAGGUAGCUAAGGGUAAAUCGAACAAGCCAUAAUAAUUAUGAUAUACCUAUUUAAGUUGGGAAGUGACAGCAGUUGUAUAUUUCUGGAUGACAAAGUGUUGCUCUAAAAAAUGUUGAGAGAUAAAAGGGACAGAUGAUCAGCAUCAAGUUUCAAAUGCUUUAAGGAUACCAUGGCUAAUGCCUUUUAGUUCCGAUAUCUCAAAAGUAAACCAGCUGUUGUCAAUCACUGCAAUGCUUCCCUUUGUAACUUUGUAACUUUAUUUGAUUUACCACAAAAUACAAAUAACGAUAAAACAAGACAGUUACACAAAAGCAAAUGAAAGUGGCGAGGAAGCCCAAAAAGAAACCAUGAGGCUUAUAGACAUUGGGCUCCCUCAGAGUAAAAAUAAAGUUAACAGUAACGGUAAGGCCAGGAUCGAAAGCAAAANAAAAAUAAAGGGACUUUGCGUGAUGGGUGUGUAUGUAAAAGUUUUUCUUUUUUUCCUUUGGGGAAAAAAAAGGGGGGAAAAAAAUUGCGUAAAUAAAUCAAAAAAAGAAACAACAUGGGGGGGAAGGUAUUUUUUUUUUAAAAAAUACUGUAAAUUUUGCCCUUUUUUUUUUUUUUUUUUUCCCCCCCCCCCCCCCUCCCCCCCCCCCCCCCCCCUUGGUAUACCUCCAGGGAUUUGCAAUUUUUUUCUUUUCCGCUAGUCUAUUCCCCACCCCGAGCUCCUGAUCAACUCAGCUCCUGGUCAUUUGCUUUUUUUCGGGUAUGUCUUUGAGAGUGGUUUCGGUACAAUAGCAAAACAAGACAUUUUCAGAACUGUUAUAAACGUUUUCUAGAGUUUAUUGAGAGAGGGAUAAUACAUGUUUGUAGUUAAAACAUGAACAAUACAUUUGAAAAUGAAAAGAAAGAAAAACCUCUUAAACUCAUCCUUAAUAGAACACUUUAUAAGAACACUGCCGCAGAAAUGUAGCUAAGGAAAAGAUGAGCAGGCUUUUUUAGAUGUCAAGCUGGCUUUUGAACUGAACUGCAUCUCUCAACUUCCCAGGCUAAGCCUUUGUUUUUGUUUGCAAUUUUAGCGGGUGGUAAGCUUUUUUUUUGGGCGAUGAAAUUAGCCGGCAGCCAGCUGCUCUUAGCGACAUCCCUGCUGACUGGACUGGAUCUCAGUUUAUUGAUAUAUAUUAAAAGCCUUGUAUCCGUUUUCAUAUAAAGUCUAUUUAAGUUGUCUUCUUAUGAAACUAGGCUGAAGAAAUAUUUCUUUCAUGGAGCUUAAUGUGUGCUUUGAGCGAGUGGACGUGCACUUUGAGCAAGUAGAGUUUGGUUGAAAUUAACUUAUAAUUUUGUCUCGAAAAAGCGUACAACUCAAAAGUUAAAGCAAUGCAACAUCAGGAUGAUUCAUUGAUGAAAGAACUUCAAACUUUGCAUGACGAAUUCAGCCGACUUCAAGAGUCUUUAAGAUCACACGAGGCUGAAAAAAGCAAACAUGGUGGCCAAAGUCAACCUGGACCGGAUCCUGAAACUACCAAGACAUUACAGUUCGUUAGUGGUGAGAACGAUGACUUGACUGGUUUCUGUAAUGCGGCGAAGAAAAAUCUUGCUGCAUUUAAGAACUGCCUCGAGUCUCUUAUUGUUCAAGUUAGCGAAAUGGUGGGAGGACUGGAUGCCCCAGCAAGAUACAGUUACAGCUUUAAUGUCAAGCUUUGGGCAUUCCAGAGAUUGAUCGGGAAGGAGUCAUGUCACAUUGCUGGGAAAUCACUGAAGUGGACCCGACAGCCGUUGGUCUUGAUGGGCAAUUCCUAGAUUAAGCACUUGAGAACGGACUAUAUGAAGAACUGCUUUUCAAGAAUUGGUGCAAAAAAAUGGAAUAGUAUUCCUGACAGUGAUUGUGCUCUACCUAAAUAUAAAUUUAAGAAUACCCUACAGAGUCGGCUACUGAUAUCCCAACAGGAGGAUACUUAUGUUGGCAUGUGAACUUUAAUUGGCGUAUUAAGUAAAUAUCAAAUUUUCAGUUUAAUUUCAUUCAUACCUUGUUUCAUUAACCUAUUUUGAAAUAUAUGUAUUCUCUGUCUUAUUAAUUUAAUAUGUUGAUGUUCAUGUAUCUGUUUAACGUUAUUGUUAUGUUUCAUCCCCAUUAUUGUUACUUUUCUGACUUUUCCUUCCUGCCUCGAUUGGCUGUAGGAUACAUUGCAGGCAAGGAUUAAUUAUGGCAUGUUGCCAAAGUGUUUUUAAUAAACUUGAACUUGGUCUCUAUUGCAAAAAAAAUAUAUAUUUGAGUACGCACUCUGUGCACAUUCAUUUGAAAUUUUAAAACAUCCCUUCAAACACAGACUUAAAUUCUGAUAGUUUAUUUCUCUCCAACCACUCUCCCGCAUUUUCCCUUAUGUAAUCUUGAGUUCCACAGCUUCUUGCAAACUGCGUGAGAAAUAACAUGUACUUUGCAAAAUCAAAAGGAAGUUCUUUUUGAUUUGCCCCACCCCCCUACCCCUGAGACAGGACCGCUUCAAACAUUUCCCCACCCCCAGGUCCUAAGGGCUGGAUGUGCCCCAGGGGUUGCCCGGGAGGGGGAUGGUAACAGGUCAAAUUGUCCAUGCAUAACUUGUUUGUGAUAUGUCGCUCAGUUAUGAGUAAAACACGUCAUUAUCAAAUUACUGAAGUGUAUUGUAAUAGUUUUGACUGGUGCAUGCCGGUUAACCCAUGUGUAAUGUGUGAUUGGCUAGCCUUGGUUGGUGAUGGUUUAAUAUGUAGUUAUUUAUUGAUGACAGCAUGUAUCAAUGUAUUUUUUAGUGGUCAGCACUUCUUAGAUAAUAGGUUUAUUUUUAUUUCAGGUUCUUAAGUUAUAUGCAUGGGAAAAGUCUUUUUUGAGUCAGGUGUCUCAAAUCCGUAAAAAAGAAUUACAUCAACUCAAGAAUGCUGCAUAUUUAAAUGCCUCUUUUGCCUUCUCCUUCACCUGUGCUCCUUUCAUGGUAAGAAUCAUGAACAUUAGACCACAAGUGACGGAACAAAACGUACGUUCCAUUAUGUAUAUGUUACAAAUCAAAUUUCAAUUCAGUUGAAAUAUUUUAACCUGGGUUUAUUGUCAAUUUCCUUGGUCUCCCGGCCCUAAUUAUUUGUGAUUUUCAGGAAUGUUUGAUAUAACACACUUAUAUAAGUUUAACAUUUCCUUUUUCUUCAGUUUCAUAUAGAAAUAGGCAAAAACAAAAUGUGAGAGUCACACAAUCAUUAUAAUUCUUUCUGUGUGGUUAUUCAGUCCAGUGAUACAAUCGUACUUUCCAUUCAUAAAACAGUUUCCUUCACAAAUACAGUGUGCCAAGACUCUCUACUCAAUUAAAUUGCUGUUUUUUUCCUCAGGUUGCACUUGCGACAUUUGCCAUUUAUGUUUUAACUGGAAAUGAGUUGACAGCCAACAAAGCGUUUGUGGCCCUUGCUUUGUUCAACAUCCUAAGAUAUCCAAUCACUUUUUUACCUAAUGUCAUUGUUAGUACCAUACAGGUCAGUAUCAGACUAUAAUGAACACAUGUUUCUACUGAUAUUAUUUCACAGUGACAAAUUGCAAAAACCUUUGGCGUUAUACUCAUACGAAUACCUUCCGCCCGAUUGCAACAACCAAAGUCCUUUCCUAGUUAUAUCGGUUUUUUUUUUCUGCUUCUUUUCAGGGUCAAGUAUCAAUCAAUCGGCUGACAGACUUUCUCAAUCUGCCAGAACUGGAUCCAAAUAAUGUCGAAAAGACAAUGCCUGAACACAGUGAGUUCUUUAUGAGCUUUAGAUUGUUCUUGUUGCUACUUACAGUAAUACUUGGGAAGUAACUGUCCAGAUGUGAAAAUGAAAUAAUCAGCAUAUCACGAGCGUGGGACAAAGAAAAAGUCUGAGUCCCCGACAGGAAUCGAACUUGUGACCUGCCAUACACCGGAGGACGCUCUAUCCACUUGAGCUACCGAGAACUCAUGGAGAGCGAGGCCAUACACUAGGUUCAUAUUUGACACGCGCCCUGCAUACUGCUAGGAUCAGCAAUGUCGAUGUUGCACUAAGUGGUAAAAGAAAUGGAAGAUGGUAAAUUUUAAGCUCGGUGAAACAAAUGUGAAAAUGAAAUAAUUCAUGCUCCCACUAUUCUGGGACCACAAACGGUAACAUUCAUGAUAAAAUUUCAGGGGUAUCCAACAAUGAUUUCGUCCUAAAUACGUUGAAAACACCUUUUGGCUAUCCAGAGUACUUGUAUAGAUCUGUAGAAAUACAUUCUGAGCGGUGCUAAAAAAUUGUAUCUGUUUGGUCAGCCUAAGACUUUGAGUCUUUUCGAAAUUGUACAUGAAUGGAAUGGUCAUCUAGAAAUGUGUAGCUGUCCUCAAGCAAUAGAAAAUUCUAGGCAAUGUUGGCUUCUCCGAACAGAUAUUUUACAGGAAACAGUCGUUGGGUGCCCCUGAAAUGUAUGUAUUACAAAUGAAGCAAGUGAAAAAGAAUUUUAACGCAAAACUGUUUUCAUGACAUUAGUCAGUACACAAGCUAUUCAUGUGGAGGAUGGAUCUUUCAGUUGGGAUAUUGAUGAAAAGCCAACCUUGCAGAAGUAAGCACCUUAUCAGGGACAAUUCACUGAUUUUCCACUCGUGCAUGUGUGAGUUUUAAGCAUUUGUUGGCUCCGUCUGCUGAUGUUUGUUUAUGUUUUUUUCUUGUAGCAUUAAUGUGAACAUUCCAAGCGGUUCACUUGUAGCAGUUGUUGGUCAAGUUGGUUGUGGGAAGUCCACUCUUUUAUCGGCUUUCCUGGGUGAAACUGAAAAAAUGGCAGGAAAGGUUUACGUUAAGGUGAGCUUGGUUGUUCUAGUAUAAAAAAACAUUCCUUUCUUAAAUUAUUCUUUUCUUAAAUUAAGCCCGUCUAUAAAAGCCUUUCGGAUAAUUUUGUAAAUACUUCUUAGUUAAGUUUAAAAACAUUGUAAUCAGUAAUUAAGUAACAUUAUAAUUAGUAUUAGGUUAAGUGUUGUAAUUAGUUAUCAUAAAUAAAGUAAUAUAAUCAUUGUUCCUAAAAAGCCCCUUUGGAGAGGUAACAAUAAAGUAUGUAUGCAAGUAUGUAUGUAUUCCUGGAGACUGGUGAUUAUUAAAUUUUCCCGUUCAAUUCUGAACAGAAAACGUAACUUGACAUAUAGUGUACUAUUAUGAAAAAGAGUAUUUUAUAGGGUUUAAAACACCACUGAGGCGCAGCCCAAAACUGCGAGUUUUUUGAACGGCUUAAAGUCUAUUCUCUACUGGCUCAAUAAACGCUGUUGUUGUUGCUUUUUUAAAAUUUUAACGAGAAAAUUGGAGCAAAAAAACUCAGCCAUGUUUUAUUAGAUUUAAAGACACUCUAUUUUCUUCUUGAAUUGUCAGUAAAUUUAUUUUCAAUUAUAUUUUCUUGUGAAUUCUCACGGUAGUAUCCUAUGCUGUAUAUUGCUUUUUGUAAUGUGGUGUCUGCUGUAGGGUUCUGUGGCUUAUGUACCACAACAAGCUUGGAUUCAGAAUGCCACUGUCCGUGAUAACGUUCUGUUUGGAAGAAGUUUUGACCCCAAGCGUUACUGUAAGACAAUCAGCUCCUGUGCAUUGAGAACUGACUUGGAUAUUUUACCAGGAGGAGAUAUGACAGAGAUUGGAGAAAAGGUAGUGAAUUGUAUUGUGCUUCCUCGGGUUAGAUGGUAUAACUAGCCAGUGGUAUCAUACGUACUGGUUUUACAAUUUUAACAUUACCAAAGUAACAAGGACAAACCAAAGUGAAAAUAGCUACGUAACAAAUGUGGUACUAUAAAUGAUGCAUGGCAUGAGGCGCUUACAAGACAAGUUUAUUUGACUGAAACAAAUCUGGAGUUGAAAAAAUCUUCCUUUGUGAACAGCUUCUUAAUCUGCUAUCACAGAUCAGCGGCAAAAAUGUUAGCAACGCUACAACUAGUAGUUCCAAUAAUAAAAUAAUAAAUAAUAAUAAUAAAAUAUUUAUAUAGCGCUUAUACUUUCCAAUUCUGUUCACGUGUUUGUUGUCUUCCUGUUUGUGUUUGUUUUGCCAAAGUGAAUUUGUUUUCUUUAAUAUUUAGGGAAUCAACCUUAGCGGAGGGCAGAAACAGCGGAUUAGCUUGGCAAGAGCGGUGUAUUUUGAUGCUGAUGUUUAUCUGUUGGAUGAUCCACUCAGCGCUGUUGAUUCACAUGUGGGGAAACACAUCUUUGAUAAAGUUAUUGGACCAAGAGGAAAGCUGAGGAAGAAGGUUGUGUUUUGUUAUAGUUUGAUAAACACAUUAUAGAAUUUUUUUAAUAAUAAUUGACGAAAAUUUAUAUACUUUAGAGAUCUUAGUUUAAAAUUUUUUGUUGUUUUACAGACUCGAGUAUUUGUCACCCAUGGAGUCGGUUUCCUUCCUCAGGUGGAUCAGAUUAUAGUGUUACAAAACGGAAGAAUAUCGGAGGUAAGGACUCUGGAGAAACUGAAUGGUAGCAAUGUCUCAGACUACUACUUUGUAGUUCACAAGUGACGAAAGUGUAAUUUCGUAUUCAAAUUCAUCGACCUUGACAAUCGAAUAGAAUUCAAGUUACCCUUUCCAACCAACGUUCUUUUGAUUUAGGUGGGGACGUACUCCGAGCUUCUCCAAAAUGAGGGAGCCUUUUCAGAGUUCCUGAAGACAUUUGCUUCCGAGCAGAAUACCGAGGAUAAUGGUAUGUGCAACUGAGACGUGAAUGAUUGGCGGUUGAUGCGUUUUUUUUAAUGUUUUUGGUCGCUUCCUGUCGUUGAAUUUCUGGAGGGCCUCUAACAACUCCUUAGCAUUUUGACAACUCACAUCUAAGUUUUAGAAGCAGAUUUCAUGUUUAAAAAUAAUGAGGUACAUUCCUAUUCAAUAACUUGUUCCUAGACACUGUUUUUAGGGAUUACCCUUCCAUACAAACAGGAAAUGUCACAGCGUGUUGGUGUUCAAUGCCUGCACAGAGAUGUAAAGCACCAGCCGGGUGGGUAUUCUGUGGCACCGGAUUUCAUCCUGAUUUUCUGAACGUCCAGUCCAAAAGAGUUUAUUUUAAAAAAGGUUAAGAUGGAUUAAAUGGAACUCAUUAGCUUGAACCCAAUCCACUUCCUUUAAACAGCUGAACCACCACUGCCCAGACAAGAGUCGGUGUUGGAAGAAAUUCCUGAGGCUGUAGAAGAAGUGGAUUUCAGGCCGCGUGGAGAGACGAUCCUGGAGAGGCAGGAUAGUCAGAUUGAAAUACCAUUCCGCAGAAAACGAGCUGACAGUUUGUCUAUUGUAACUGUUGACACCGCUGACCUGGAUUGUCAGUUCACCAGACCAGAUGAGCACGAGGAGGACAAGAUUAUCGCAGAGGAAAAGGCAAAAACUGGCAGGGUAGGUUUGUAAUUUACAACCUUGGUGAGGCAUUGAACAGAACAGUAUCGAGGGAGUAGCCAACGGGAUGCCUAAAAGUUAGGCAGGUACAAGUCUGGGUGUCCUGUACUCCUACAUUGUUAUCAUAUACCUCGUCAGUUUUUUGCCGGGCACAUUUCACAUAAGUGUUUGUUAAAUUUGCCGACAGUUACUUUUUGUCGCCUAGGUGAAACUGGCUGUAUUCUGGGCCUACGCCAAGUCUGUCAAAGUCUACCUAGCUGUCGGAAUAGUCCUCUUUAUCGUCCUUGCAGAAAUUGCCUCUGUUGCGUCUGGGAUCUGGUUGGCAAGUUGGAGCUCGGCAAAUGUGACAUCUGAUGCCGAACGUGACAUGUACUUGGGUGUGUAUGGUGGCCUUGGUGUAACGCAAGCAACUUGUGUACUUAUAUCAUCCUUAUGCCUUGCGGUGGGGUCUAAAAUCGCAUCACGUUACCUUCAUGAAAACCUUCUCGAGCACGUCAUGCACUCACCCAUGUCGUUUUUCGAGACCACUCCCCUUGGAAGGAUCGUGAACCGCUUCUCUAAGGACAUCAGUACAAUUGACGAUCAGGUUCCUGUAACAUUGGCGACCUUCAUUAGGACGCUCAGUACUGUUAUUGGCACCAUAAUCGCCAUCAGUUUUGCCACUCCGAUCUUUUUGGUAGUGAUCGUACCUCUUGGAAUUCUCUAUGUUUUCAUUCAGGUAAUUUUUCAUAGUAUAGACCUUAAGAUUGAGGUUUAUCGGCAGUUCCCGCAAACCGCUAACGUCUAGAAGUCACUUGAACAGUGUCUUGCCACCAGAUUUGUGGUUUUGAGGUUCAUGUAUGUACGACAGACCACGCUCCGCUCUAGAGGUAGGUGAAUUACCACAAGGUUUUUUGCAGCCUAAGGCAUCACAAUCCCCCGUUUGAGAGAAUAUACUACUUUUUAGAACUCUUUUGAUAAUGAAUUAUCGAAUUCUUUUUCUUCGAAACGUAAAUUUGAAAACAAUUUCUCAACUAAAAUAGAAGUGAACGAAUGGAUGAAAACAAACAUGGCCCCCGCGAGCUAUCACCCACGAACUUAAGUCCCAAAUAUGGGCAAAAGGUUAACGUGAAACCGCAAACCACGGUUUGCCGUUUGCAGUAAGAUGGCCAAACAUCGACUUUAAGGUCUCUAUUGUCCCAUAUUUCCGUGUGCUCCUUGAAUAUUAGUAAUAAUUUUUCUUUGUCUUACUCUUUGUGAUCAGAAGCUCAUUUGUGUUUUAUUAUCCGAACCUCCUUGAAAUAUGAUUCAAAUAUGAGGAGCAGUUCAGUCAUUUUUUGCGGAGGAGUAAUUAUAAUGUUUGAAAUGUCAAACACCGUGUUGCUAAUGGCUGCUAAAUUUUCAGAGAGUGUAUGUUUCCACAUCGCGGCAGCUGAAGAGAAUUGAGUCAGUGAGCAGAUCACCAAUUUACAAUAACUUCUUUGAGACAAUCAACGGAGCUUCCACCAUCCGGGCAUUUGGCCAGCAACAACGCCUCAUCCGGGAUAAUUACUACAGGGUUGACGAAAAUCACGUGGCUUACUAUCCUGGAGUUUCAGCAAACAGGUGACGUUACAUGUUAAUAAAGUAGUUAGAAUGUUUUUGAAACCAAACACAAACAAACCUGUUAGUCAAUCCCUGGUUAAUCUAUGUAACAUCACUGAGUAGUUUCCAAUCAGCCUUUCUAGUCCAUAAGAUUAUUUGACAUUGUUAGUUUCAUUUAAUAAAGUGCAUUUCGACUUGCAGAUAGACGUUAAACAAACGAAGAUGUGUAUGUGUUUUCUUCCUGUCCUGUUUUAGGUGGCUUGCUGUGCGUCUUGAGCUGAUCGGGAACUUGAUCGUCCUCUUUGCUGCCUUGUUUGCUGUUAUCAGCCGUGACUCGAUAGAAAGCGGCCUUGUUGGACUAUCCAUCACUUAUGCUUUACAGGUUUGUUAUGUGCUGUUUUAGACUUAAAAGGCGUGCGGCGGAUUGACUCUUUAUGAAUGUUCCGUCAUUUAUUAAAGGAAGCAUCAACACGACUGCUGCUGGGCUGUUGGGUUUUUGGUUUGAUUUUUGUUCAGCCAUGAAUAACAAACCUGGAAGGGCCUUUAAAUGAUUACAUUAAAUACUAAGGUAGAAUACUAAGAAAAAAUGUUUAGAAAAUUUAAAAAGAGCAGGAAAAAAUACUGCUUAGUACCUUUCAUUUGAGUUGUUGCUGUAAGUAUCUCAUCAGCUGAAUGAAAAGUGUGUCAAUUAAUAUUUCACAGUCUUUGUUUUAAAAUAUAUGUUUAUUACACAUCCUUGUGUACUUUUUUUAGGUUACCAAUGUUCUUAACUGGAUGGUUCGUAUGAGUAGCGAAGUGGAGACGAAUAUUGUUUCCGUGGAGAGAGUUAAAGAAUAUACAGAGACACCUACUGAGGUAACAUCACGAUAGAUUGACACUUCACAGUUUGUCCAGUUUCACAUUCUAAUAAUUUUCCAUAAUAUGGGUGUAAUUUAUGUUAAAACCGGUCAGUUUGAACGAAAGAAAUAGUAAAGUACCAAGGAGGACUUCAGGUCGUCAGCCCAACGAAAACAAUAGAACCGUGACGUUUGGGGAGACGGUAGGGAGAGGAGAGAAAACCACAAAGUUGCGGAUAGAGAAGAAAAGUAAUGGAGGAUGAAAGGGUUUAGAGGGGAAACAUUAUGGACUCAGACAUUCCCUGUAUACUACAACUAAUGCAAACAAUCAAAUAUAAUCUAUGAUGUAUAAUUAACCACAGUUUCGAUUCCUGUUCUUCCUUCUUUUAGUGCAAGUGUAUUCGCACUGAAUUGGUAUACCAUGAACCCGUAGAUAGAUUUAUUUAGCAAAUAUUUUUAAAGUAAGUAAGUAAGCGAGUACUUUUUCUCUUGUUGGGAAAAAUCCAAAUAUUGUAUAGAAGUCAACGGCAUCAUUCUCCGCUUUACUGAGUGUUGUUUUCCUACGUCAUGUAGGCGGAAUGGAUUAUUCCAGAUAACCGCCCUCCGGAUGGUUGGCCAGAUGCAGGAAACAUCGUGAUUGAAGAGUUUGAUUUAAAAUACAGAGAAGGAUUACCACUGGUGCUCAAGAAUAUUAACUGCAACAUCAAACCAGGAGAAAAGGUACUAGUCCAUUUUUACACACAAGAAUACUGACGGCAAGGAAGUUGCUGAAGUGCCAACAUAAAAAGUGAAGGAAAUUGUUUCGUUCCUCAUUUCUAGUUUCUGAUGAAGCUAUGGUGCUGUGAACUAAAGCUAGGUUUUAUCAACCGUUUUUAUUAAAUACAAUUUCCCCCUUAAGUUAAAAAAGAAUCACAGGUUAUAUUUCGAAUGACGGAACGAAGCCAUUACAUGAAAGAAGAGAAAGAAAUUUAUUGAGUUACAGGCGUUUUGAUGAAUUUCUAUGGGAUUGAGAGUGUCAAUGCUUCUAACCUUUCCCCAUUCAUGAUGCCUUUGUUUAUGUCUCAGCCUAAAAUCAGAUCAACCUGUAAAUGUAUUUACUAUUAACUUUUCAGAUUGGUAUUGUGGGUCGCACAGGGGCUGGCAAAUCCACGCUGACUUUGGCUUUGUUUCGUAUUCUGGAGAGAGCUGGAGGAAAGAUUGUUGUUGAUGGUAUUGAUAUUGCCAAAAUUGGACUUCAGGAUCUGCGAUCACGACUUACUAUCAUUCCACAGGUAAUGAUAUAUGCAGUUAUCGCGUGACAAGACUCGUCAUAUUGAAUGUGGGCUAUAGUAUUUAGCCGUCACGGCUCUUAGCGGAUGUACGAAUGUAGCUUGCAAAUAUAUAGAGAGGCUUGUUUAUAGAUGCUGAAGUAAUUUUAUGGAAUUGACAUAUUGUUUUCUUUUUGGUUCUAGGAUCCCGUUUUGUUUUCUGGAACUCUCCGUCUUAAUUUAGAUCCCUUUGAUAACCACUCUGACGAGGAAUUGUGGAAGAUUUUAGAAUUAAGUCAUCUGAAGAACUUUGUAUCAGGAACAGAGCAGGGACUUCUGCAUCCUGUGACUGAGGAAGGAGGCAAUCUCAGGUGCGACGAUUUAACUUCACAUAACAUCAGCACUGAGAACAGGAGUUUACCCUUGGGCGUGUGUACUCAAUGUAUUAAGGUUGGGGGUAGAAGUAUUCCGCCUAUGCAGAUUGAAAAGCGGACAUUUUAAGCUUUAGGCUUGUGUAAGGAUGCUGAAUACAAUAAAGAAAAGAAAGAGCUAUGGUUCUGGUGGCUCAUUACAGCGGGCACUCAUAGCAGUUAGUCGAGUGUUAGGGAGCAUGGCCUGUCUUACAGAUAAUAAAAUCAGACACCGGAUCAUUUUGCGAUCUCCCCGUUUCUAUCUGAACUGCUUCUAGUUCGUAACAACUUCGGUUUUACCAAGUAUUUACGUUAUCAUUAACCCUCCACAGUGUUGGUCAGCGGCAGUUGGUAUGUUUAGCACGUGCGUUGCUACGUAAAAGUAAAGUCCUUGUUCUUGAUGAAGCCACAGCCGCGGUGGACCUGGAAACUGAUGAACUCAUUCAGCAGACGAUUCGGCGGGAGUUCGCUGACCGCACUGUGUUCACCAUUGCUCACAGGCUCAAUACGAUUAUGGACUAUAACAGGUUAGGAAUGUGAAUUUUAAGAGAAGUCAUCAUUGUCAUACAAUCAUGAUACAGGCUCUAAAGUGUCAGCAAAUAUGAAACGCUUUUCACUAAUCAACUGCAGAAAAAUGUUUUGUUUAAGUGUAACGUUUCAUUCACCUUCGACCGUGUGGAAGUUGUGUGCACUUUGGUGUUGUAUAUGUUUGGUAAUCAGUUGCCCAUUCCGUUAUAACAAAAUCCAUUAAGCACACCAAAGACUACUUGGUAGGAAGGGAACAUCCAAUGUAUUCUCGACUGCGCCCUUGCUGUGAUACCCCUUCUUAAUACCUGCUACUCAACCUACUACUUUUUCUUGUUGAUGUUUCUCCUUUGUUAUUAUUUUCUUAGGAUCUUGGUUCUUGACAAGGGAUUUGUAGUGGAGUUUGAUAGUCCUGAUAAUCUCUUGGCUCUUCAAGGGAUUUUUUACAGCAUGGCACAAGACGCAGGAUUAGCCUAGUUGUUUUCUUGUUAUUUAUUUUUUUGUGUGUUUUCAUUUAUCGCAGUUUUGUCUUAAGUAUUGUGUUGUAUGAGGCUAGUGGUCCUCGGUUUUGAAUUUUAGUUUUAAAUGAAAGCUUUUAACGAUGCGAAAUUUUAAACUUUGUUUGGAUUCCGAACUAGUGUGACAAGGAAAAAAAGAUGGCGGCUGUCAAUGCCGGGGUCCGCGAAUUCAGUUUUUCUUGUCUCAUCUACGGUAAUAUUAGGAAAAUUACUUAUAGCUCUCUAAUUUGGAGAGUUUGCAGACUUUCAGUUUUCAUUAAACCUCUGCGUGAUUGGUAAAUUAAUUGCCAAGAUGGAGGGAGAGUUUUCGUUAGUUAUUUAGGUUAUAUAAUAGUUAUCAAAUUUUAAAUAUUUAUGUAUAUAAUGUAUGGUCUUUUUGGUUAUAACUUGUCAAGUCUUCGCUGUGGUAGAUACCGUCAUCGUAUAUAAGCAUUUACAUUGAUAUUUAUUUAGCUAGUUAAGCAGACGCGUCACCUUAUAGUCAUUAGUUCUUUCUUUUGCCGACAUUGAAUAUCU